UUGAAAACAAAAUCAAGCGAGAAAAAGGGAAAACAAUAAACCUCAUUAAAUAUUCAUAUGAGAGUGCAUCUAAAUUACUACUAUAAAAGGGACCCGACCUAGAAAACCAUUAUUCUCAAUCAUUUCAAAGUAAACCUUUUUCCACAACCUUAACUCCCAUAGUUUCGUACAUUAACUAAUACUAAUGUCCUAAAUUUUCAAACAUACAUACGUUAAUAAUAUACUAUAUAUAGUUUCACUAAUACUACUAGGUUGUGUUGACACCAAAAUCAUGUCUGUUACAUCCAAGAAUUCAUCCCACCGGCGGAACGAUUCCGGCGAGAUCGUGGUUUUCGAUGCGGCGCGCUACUUCUCCGGCGUGGACGACAAUUCCUCUUCGGUGUUCCACGGCGGCGCCGCCAGAAAUAGAAUGAGCCUAGACAUGCCGGCGAUCAACGCACACAAUCUCCCGACGAUUCAGAAACAAUAUUUGAUGAGAGAGAAGAAGAAAUACAAGCAGCCGAGCUCCCCCGGCGGAAGGCUCGCCAGCUUCCUCAAUUCCCUCUUCAACCAGGCGAAUUCCAAGAAGAAAAAGAAAUCCAAGACAAGCGCCGCCGCCGCCGACGACGAUCAUCACGCUCACGACAAGAGAAGGAGUAGCAUUAGCCUUUUCAGAAUCAUGACUUCAUCUGCAGAUAACUAUUGCGAUUCGAAAUCCACGUAUUCUGCCAAAACCCCCACCAAAUCGUCCUACUUUUCCGAUCGCCGGAAGGCAAACGGCGAAAGCGUUGCUGGGAACGAGCGGUUGAGAUUCAACAACGGGAGCUUCAGAAACCCUACGACGAAAUGGACGGCUGAUCAUGAAGAUCAGAGGAAAUUCGGCGACGGCGACGGCGACGGCGAGGAUUCGGAUUCGAGUUCGGACCUAUUUGAUUUGCCCAAUUUGGAUUUUUACUCGACCGGUUUGCCCGUUUACGGGACUACGGAUAUGGAUAGGAUCCGAAUUGGAGCUCCGGUUUCCAGCGCUGCAACGUGAUUAUGUAACGCCGUCUUUGCAUUGCUAUGACGUAUAUUGAUUUUUUUUUUAUUUUUUAAAUGUUGUAUAGUGGAGUAUUUGGUUUUCUACAUCGUGAUUGGAAAUUUGGAAGUGUGAGGUGAACUGAUGAUUUUUGUGGAAAAGAAUAUCUCCAUAAGGAUUCUGCUUUU